GCGCAUGUCACAUGGCACUAGACAUCGUUGGCCCGUCUGAAUGAUCUGGCAUCAUGACAUCUUUCAGAGACUACCUUCGUGACAAUGCUAAAUUCUACUGUCCACCCGUCGAAUGUCAUCAGACGGCAUUCACUGCCAUGACUGAUGUUGAAGUUGAGCAAGUGUUGGCUCGCUGGGACUCGGACCAUACGGUAUUAGAAGCGCACCACGAUGCACAGAUGGUCGAUGCUCUUAUCAAUGUUCUUAACGAGGAGCUUGGUGAGAGUCCUACACCAGGGACUGUCGACGGAUGGUUCCAGCAAAAAUAUGAGCAAGACAUACGGAGCACUCGUAUCAUUAGAGUGGAACCAGAUGCCAAACAAUUGUUUAAUUUGAGGCAUAUGUAUAUUUUGAAAGAAAUCAUAUUCUCUCUCGACAGCCCCGUUGAGGAGCAUUGUGAAACCGCAGCUCCAGAAGUCAGAUCUAAGGUGGACUUCGUGUUGACCACAACAGGCGGCAAGGAGGGUUUGGUUGAAAUAAAGGCCCCAGUGUCUUCGACGAGGCUGCAAAAGAACUUUCUGAGCCGUCCAAUGACGAAGAUGACGACGAAGUCGGCUUCGAGGUACAAUUGGAUUUGGACGAUCCCGAGACAGGAAUGAAAGUCAUUAUGGAAGUCCGUGUGGCUGAAUGACAUUCAGGAACAUUAUUGAUGAAUCAAAUUUCUCAGAUAUGAAGCACCAUACAUCACAUAUUCGACUAUCGAAAUGCAAUCGGACAAUACUAGGCCGUUCCGUGCAUUGGCUGUGAUGAUGUUGGCUAUUGCAACGGAUGUCGAUGUCCCCUCCAACGCUGACAUGGGUGGGCAGCUUCGGACAAUUCCAGUCACUACAGGAGGGCUCUGAUAAAUUCGCGGCACCGGAGCAUUCCGAUCCGUCUUGCCAAAGUCGAACCCAAGCGAUAGGAAUGGAGCUGCCAGUCACUAGAUCCAGUGCAAGUCACUGCUAUUUAUCGUCUUUGACUUUUAGUUCCCUUGCAAGAAUUUCGAAUUUCGAAAUGCAUUGCUUUCUUGAUUGAACCAAAUUUCAGGUCGUGUUGUCAUCAAAAGCCAUCUUAGGUAGACUGUGGCUUGGAUUUCGCGCUGCAGACACCAUCGCGUUUCCGGCUUUGGGCAAGGAUACUAUUCGGUUGCAUACUAUUCGGUUAUGUGCCUAAUGCAACUUUGGAUAUGGUUCAACUGGGAUCGUUUACGGAGCGAUCCCGAACAUAGAUGGAACGUUCAGGACGUCGGAUGUACGCAACGGUCCGGGAGGGCGAAACACUCAAAGAGCAGAGUUGUGUUCAGCAUUUUUCAACAAGCUAGAUGUAUAGCGCCGCAUCGAAUAGACGUCUCCAGCACCUGUAAAGUUUG